AUGUAUGUGAACAGUACAAUUAUUCAGUCGACCAUUUAUACUGGAUUGUCUAAUAACACAUCAGAAUGGACGAAAGUACAAGACACUGUGUCCGAAUUAUCAGCCGGUUGUUAUCGGACUGUUAAACGAAAUCCAUGUCCUUGUUCAUACCGUCAAGCUUCAUUAGAUUUUCGAUUUUCUGAAUCAAGGAGUGAAAAUCGUUUAGAAAGAGCCUAUAAUAUAUCAUGUUUUGUUCCAUCAAGUGGUUUUGCACAACGAACCUCAAGUGCAAGAUCUUAUCAACAGACAUGUUGUUAUGAUGUCAAUGAAGGAUCUAUAAUUACAUCUGGUCCAUUUGCUGGAUCUGUUCUUGAUACGGCAGCAUUAGAAUCAUUACGAUAUAGCGGAAGUCGACCACAACGCAUUAAAGAACGGGAUGAUUGUUGUAUAGCAAGAAAUGGUACACUUGAUUGGUCUAGAUGGUGUAAUUUAUAUUAUGAAAUUAGACCACCAAGUAUAUGUGAUGGUUAUGAAACACCAUUAAAAGCUUGGCUCGGUGGUGAUCCACAUAUAGAAACAUCAAGUAAUAGUGCUUAUAGUUGUAAUGUAUUCGGUUCAUUUAUAUAUGCUGAAACAACUAGUGAUGCAAAUACAACAGCAAAUAAUAAUACGAAUACAAGUUCAACAUUUCUAAAAACUUUAGUAAGCAAUGAAUUAUUUUCAAUUAUUGCUCGAACAAGUAAAACUCCAUCACGUUUACGAAUUGAUCAAUUUUUUAAUCAAUAUAUAACUUAUUUUUCAUCAUUUUCAAUGUAUCUUGGAUCAAAUCGUGAUGUAAUAAUUGAUGUUAAUAUUAAUCCAUCAGAUAGUUAUCAACUUAAUGUAAAUUAUUUACUUAAAAAUGAAAAUAUUCGAAUAAAUCCAUUUAAUUCAUCAAAUGAUUUUGUUAAAUAUUACUAUUAUCCACCAUCAUUGAAUGAUGCAUCAGAAUUUGCAUUUUCAAUAAUUAGAGAAAAUCAAACAAUAACAGCAACUAAUUGGAAUGUAUAUAGUUCAGAAAACAGAAUCCUACCAGUACAAAUUCAAGUACCAAAAUUAACUAUAUCGAUUUGGUCUGGCUUAGCUAUGCAAUGUUAUGUUAUAACAAAUAAUAUGGCAUGUACAUUAUUAUUACCACAAAAAUAUUUUGGUAAUGUUCGAGGUCUUGCUGUUGGUGAUAAUACAAGUAAUCCAAAUCAAUAUUGUGCUAACUAUUCCCUUAUAUUAAAUGAAACCGAACAACAAUCAUUAACAAGCAAUAGUAUUUUAGAAUGGUUUAAUAGGAGUGCAUCUAAUACGUAUCAAAAUUAUAUAAAUAAUUUGGCAUGUCCAAUGAGUAGAACAUCGCCAACAUACAAAUUUUGUGUACAAGAUACAAUUCUUUCCCAAUCACCUCUAUUAGGACAAAUAACUGUAAAAAGUUCAAAUGAUUAUCAAUUAGCUAAUCAAUUUCUUAGUAGAAAUCCUCCAAUGGUGACAUUACUAUCACCAGCAUCAUUAAAUACGCCAUAUACAUAUUUAUUAACCAUACGAUAUAAUGAUACAUUUCAAAAUCAAACAAAUGCAGCUAUCAGUGUGAGAAUUGAUCGAAAUUCAUCUAUUAUUGUUCAAAUACGUGAUGGAAACAUGAGUAUUCCAAUAGAUUGUAUAAAGCAAAAUUCAUUUUACUCAUGUCCAUUCGCAUAUACAAACGAAAAUAGAAAUCAACUUCAAUUAACAAUUAUUGCACAUGAUACAUUGUAUAAUUUAAUAACUUAUCAAAGAAUUCAAUUAAUUGUAAAUGAAUGUAUUUAUGGUCAACCAAUAUGGAAUAAUCCAACUAUUUUAUCAUCAUCGGUUAGCGUUUUAUUUUGUAUUUGUGAUGAAUAUUCUGUUGGAGAAUAUUGCGAUAGAUCAGUUAAUUGUGCUGAUAUGACUGCUUGCCUGUUAAAUUUUCUUCCAAAUAUAACAUGUACAACUAAUAUAACUGAAAUAUCAUUAAAUUCUACACAAACACCAUAUCGAUGUGUACAUAGCAUAACACAUAUAUCUUGUUCGAAUGAUUCAGCAUGUUGUAGACAAGGUUAUCAAUUUCAUAGCGAUGUACAACAAUGUUUAUUUCGACCAGUUUGUAAUGAUUCGAUAUGUGGUGCAAAUAAUACUUGUCAAAAUUCUGAACUAAAACCUAAUGGAUAUAUUUGCAUGUGUAAUAGUGAUCAAAUUUUUAAUGGAACAACAUGUGUUCAAAAGAAAAUUUGUGAUGAUGCAUCAUUAUAUCCAAAUAGUAUUUUACCAUGUACGGGACAAUUUGAGGAAGCUAUUGAUUCAGGAAAUCAAUGUAUAUGCCAAUGUCGGUUAGAUUUCACAAAUUCAUCAAAUGGUUGCAUAAGUACAUCGACAAAUAUUACAUGCAAUAAUACGACUAAUGUCUGUUAUAAUACAUUAACACCAUUAAAUGUUUUCUGUCAAUAUCGAAUACUAACUUACAAUAAUAGUGCCAAUACAUGUCAAAACACUCUUUGUUUAAACUAUUGUGGAAAUGGUAAUUGCUCAGUUCGUGAAAAUGGAUAUACUUGUAGUUGUCCUCCUGGAACAUAUCUUGAUUAUACGUUAAAUUGUGUUGUAUGUGAAAAUGGAUCAGCUGGUCCUAAUUGUUCAUUACUAUGUGAUUGUGAAUUUGGAGAAUGUAAUAUUAAUGCAACAAGUGAAACAAAUAAAUGUUUAUGUGCAAGUGGUUAUAGAGGUUCAAAAUGUGAUCAACAAAUUAAUUAUUGUGAUCCACAGAACGAUUCUUGUAAUGCAGUUGCAACAAAUCGAGUUUGUAAACUUACACCAACUAAUCGUGAUACAUUUAAACAAAUGAAUGCUUAUGAUUGUAUUUGUAAAAAUGGAUAUCAACCAGCAUCAGUAAAUGGUAGUUGUCAAGAUAUUGAUGAAUGUGAACUGGCUUCUACCAAAGAAAAUAUUUGUUCAGAGGAUACGACAUCAUGUCAUAAUUUAAAUGGUUCAUAUCUUUGUGUUUGUAAUGAAGGUUAUGUAAAAGAUGAUGCAGGAAAUACUGAUGCAUGUGUUGAUAAAAAUGAAUGUACAACUAAUGCGUCUGUAUGUAGACCAUAUAACAAUUCCUAUUGUGUUAAUCUUAGACCAGGUUAUGAAUGUCGUUGUUUGUUUGGUUAUGCACCAGAUGGUGAUUAUAAUCAAAUUUAUGUAGCUUUACAAGGUAAUCAAACAUGUCAAAUUUAUGAUCAAUGUGCUGCAAAUCGUGUUGAUUGUGGUGGUGGAACAUGUACUAAUAAUACAAAUUUAAAUGGCUCAUUACCUACUUGUUAUUGUAGUAAUUCAUUAACACUUAUUCAACUAUCUAUAGGAAAAUAUGACUGUAUUUGUCCAUCUAAUACACAUUAUUAUAAUGGAGGAAUAUGUACAAUUCGACCUGAUCCUGGAUUAGGUCUUGGUGGAGAAUCAAUAUUUCUUGUUAAAGUCGAUUGUAAUAAUGCAACUGCUAUACUCAAUGAAAUAAUAAGAAGAUUUAAUGAAACAUUCAAAUCUCCAUACAACAUUACAAUUCGAAACAAUACAGCGGAUUGUGAUGAAUCGGGUCAACAAGAGUUAUUAUUUGAUAUUAAAACUGAUGACAAUAUAACAUUACAAAAUGAUGUCUUCGAAAUACUUGAAAAUAUAACAAGAGAUCUUAAUCUUGUUCUUUAUACUACUGGUAUAUGUAACAAUAGAACAGAAUUAGUGAAAAAUGUCACAUCAUGUUAUUUAAUUGAUCUAUGUGAUCUAUGUGGUGGAGAUAUAAAACGUGGUAUAUGUUUACCAGAAAGUGGUUUAAGUAGAUGUAUAUGUUUUUCUAAUGAUGCUGAUCUAUCAAGACCGUAUACUGGUGAAUUUUGUUAUCCUGUAGAACCAACAUCAACAUCAACUUCAUCUCCACCUUUAUCUUCAUCUUCAUCUUCACGUUGGAUACCAAUUGUUGUUGGUGUUCUAGCUGGUCUUGCUGGUUUAUUUUGUGCUGUCACAUGUUGUUUAUUAGCUUUAGCUGCUUGGCGUCGUCGAAGACGACAUCCACCUGAUGAAGAUGAAUUACGAAUUCGUCGUAUUUGGCAUUUACCAAGAGCACAAGUACCAGCAACUGUUACAGCUGAAAAUGUUGAAACAUAUUUAAAGAGUACUUCAUCUUCUACGAAUUCAACAUCAAGUCCACCUGAAGAUUCAACAUUAGAUAGUGAUCGUUCAACAUAUCGAACAACUUAUGAUUAUGAUCCAAAUGGUACUGUAAAUAGUGCAUUUUUUAAACAACUUGAUCAAAAUAUGGGUGCAAAAUUACGUGCAACAAUAACAAGACCUGAUACAAAUGCUAUUUUAUCAAGUUUACCAACUUCAACAACAAAAUCAUCAUCAUCAUCAACAAAUAUAACAUCAAAUAGUGAUGAUCCAAUUGAUGAACUUGAUGCUAUUAUUGAUGAUGAAGAUAUAGCAAUGACAUUUCAUGAUCCAUUAGAUGAUCUUUUUCAAGAUAAUCAAAUGCUUGAAGUUAUUAAUCCAAAUUUAAAAUUACCACGUCCACAAAUUGAUUCAAAACCAACAGGUCUUUUUUCGCUUUUAAAUUGA